UCAAAGUUCCAGGUGCAAAGUCAACAAACAGCCACAGUCUUAAGAUGAAGGAUCCUAUCAGCACCUGCUCUUACAACCGGCUCUAUCAAAAUGUGAAACAACUUUCCAAAACCGGCGAGUACUUCUGCAAAGAGCUUAUGGCGGUUUUUCAGCAAAGGGCUGAGAUGGAACUUACUUAUGCCAAAGGACUGCAAAAGCUCGCUGGGAAACUUAUCAGGGCCUCCAAAGGAAUGUCAAAUAAUUCCACUUACAGGGCCUGGUGUCAUGUGUCGGAUGAGAUGUACUCGAGAGCAGAUGCCCACAGAUCAUUGGGAAAUGCCUUUCAGCAAGAAGCGAUCCUGGAAAUGAGACAAGUGUUAGACGAGCACAAUAAGAGGAAGAGGCCUCUCGACAACGCCAUUGAAAGGACUGGAAAAAUGGUUACGACCAAUUGGAGUGAACAACUCAAGAUGAAAAAGAAACUGUUUGGAUUAACAAAAGAACACGAGGCUUUGUUCAACCUCGUUGAGAACAACAGGCAGAUGUGCACAGAAAAGGAAAAGCAAAAGAUGCUGAACAGGCUGACUAAGUCAGCGGAGAUGCAGGCGCGCGUGGAUGAAGAGUACUUCAAUGUCAACAUGGAGGGUCAUCAGAUGAGACUCAAGUGGGAAAACACGCUGAAAAACUGCUACCAGAUCCUCCAUGAGCUGGAGAAACAGCGAAUAGAGGUCCUCUGCGGCAUGUUGAGCAGAUACAACCUCCACAUGUCCAGCUUUGGGCAGAUCAUCAAACAUGGCCAACGACAGAUAGAACAGAAAGUCCAGAGGGUGGACAUGGAGGCAGACAUACAAACCCUGGUGAAGGAAAACUGCAUCACAGAUGAAGACCACAAGGCUGAGUUUUUAAUGGCAGAUUAUUUUGAGGAAGACAGCAAGUCCCUGAUGGUCAAAGACCGAAGAAAAGAGGCCAUAAGAGUCAAAGUUCAGCGCCUGGAGGACACUAUUACCAAAACAAAGAAAGACAGAGAAGGAAUCGAAAAACUGAUGAGAACAUAUUCUGCGAAUCCAUGUUUUUCCAACCAAAAGAACCUCGAGGAGACGGAACUGCAGAUUGACGAGACCACCCUAAAACUGGAUCUCCUUGAAGCCACUCGCUGCAAACUCUCUGUAUCGCUGGCUGAGUUAGAGGGGAAACCCAAGGCCCAUCACCGUUUUAGUGAAAGCAUUGUGAAAUGGAAGGAUAAGGACUGUGAGCACAGCGUCGUUCAACUGACUCGUCCGGUCAAGCUCAGGAGGAGCGCGUUUAGAUCCCGGCAGUCGCUGAGGGCGUCCAUCAUCUACAAAGGGCCCGCUGAGUUCGGGACGCGGCUCGAGUCCGCGGAGGCUUCACCAAGUGCGGACGACCGAGGCCCCUCGGCAGCUUCGACGCGCGAGACGGCGGCGGGAGCAGAGCGCGGGAGUGACGUCGAAGGACACCUGCCUCACACCGGUGACGGCAAAGAACAAGCUGAAGUGUCGCUGGAGCUGUGCAGCAUGGGGACGUGCAGAGCGCUGUACGACUUCACGCCGCAGCGGGGUGACGAGCUCGCUUUGAAAGAAGGAGAUCUCGUAGACAUUUACAGAAAGGAGGAGAACGGUUGGUGGUUUGGAGAACUUCACAAGAACAAAGGCCAUUUUCCUUCCACUUAUGUCGAGGAGCUGCCCGCGCUGAGCGCCGUCGAAUCAUCGGACGCCUGACUGACGUCACUGACCUACCAGAGUUACGGAAGCCACCCCAAGGCAAAACGAUUAUGUUUAAGUGCCAGACAUGUCAUGGAAACAGACAAAUACGACUUCUGACUGAUCUGAACAAUUUUAAUAAAAACAUAAUUCAAAAAAACAUUUUGGAAUGCACUUAGGAUUCAUACAGUGUGCAUUAUUUAAUACAGAAAUAAUGCAUUAUAUAUAGUUAUGCCAAAUUGUGUAGAUAUACACCAAACAAUAGUGAGGGGUUAAUAUGUAU